AUGAGAAAGGUUGAAGAGGCAACGGAUUCGCAGCCCAGGCGAUGUUAUUUGCCACAUCAUCCCGUAGUAAAAGAGAGCAGUACGACCACAAAAGGAAGGGUGGUCUUUGAUGCAUCGUGUUGGACCGCAUCGGGCAUUUCACUCAAUGACGGAUUGUUUGCCGGGCCAGUCAUUCAGGAUGAUCUGAGAUCGAUUGUUUUUCGUUGUCGAACACGACCAUUUAUGGUGGUUGCGGAUGUGGAGAAGAUGUUUCGACAAGUUUACGUCGCACAGGAGGAUAGAUGGAUGCAAAAUAUACUGUGGCGUUUCGAUAUGAAAGAGCAGCCCGUCACGUACGAAUUGAAUACUAUCACAUACGGAAUGAAACCUUCCCCGUACUUGGCCACUAGAACAUUGCAGCAACUAGCUAUGGAUGAGCACCAAAAAUAUCCCCUUGCUUCCAAGGUAGUACAAGAAGACAUCUAUAUGGAUGAUUUAAUUUCGGGAGCUGAUGAUUUGACAUCGGCAUGCGAACUAACAAGACAGCUAAAUGCUAUGAUGCACAGCGCUGGGUUUCAUUUGCGAAAAUGGGCAUGCAACCAUCCACUGCCACUAGAAGGCCUCCCGAAUGAGGAUUUGGCGAUUCGAGAAAGCGGUGUGAAAUUAGAUCCUGAUCCUACGGUAAAAACCCUUGGAAUAAAUUGGUUGCCUAAAACAGAUACAUUUAAACUACAGUUUAACACUCCAAUAGUGGAAGUGACCAAGCGAUUGACUAAACGUACGUUGCUAUCCGUCAUCGCGACUCUUUUCGAUCCCUUAGGAUUGGUAGGUGCUGCAAUAACUACGGCAAAGUUGUUUAUGCAACAUCUUUGGACACUAUCAAGCCCACGAGGUGGAAAUUCGGGCUGGGACGAAUAUCUUCCAGAGGCAGUAGAGCUAAAAUGGCGGCGAUUCCACGCUCAAAUUCCAGCCUUUGAUUACAUUCGGAUCCCUAGAUAUGUGAUGAUGCCCGACACGGUGAGUCUGGAAAUGCAUAGUUCUUCGGAUGCAAGCGAAAAGGCGUAUGGAGCCUGUGUGUAUUUGCGGUGCAAAGAUGCAACAGGGCGGAUAAUGGUGUUUUUGUUAGCUUCAAAAUCCAGGGUGGCUCCAUUGGAUAGCCAAUCACUCCCUCGCCUGGAGUUAUGUGGAGCAUUAAUCGCCGCUGAGUUGUUCGAAAGAGUUCGCACAGCAAUGCAUUUAGAAGGAGAUAUAUUUUACUGGUGCGACUCUACUACGGUUACGGGCCGUUCCAGCGACAUGGACAACCUUCGUGGCUAA